AUGAAGAAACAGCUUACAGAUAUUAAUGAGAAAGUUCUUACAUUGAGAGAUACUGAAUGGCAGUAUCGGGGCGAAGGCAAUGCCAAUCUAGUGCUGUCACUUCCUCAGCAACGAUGUGUGUUGAGAUUACGCAAGCACGAUUCUGAUCAUUAUGUCAACCAUACAGAUUCAACCACAGAUGUGCAUAUUGAUAUUGCUUCAAGAGAAGCAUUGUUUUGUCGAAUGGUGAUGGUACCUUUGCUGGGUGAAGCCUAUAUUCAGCCACCAGCAGUAGUUGUGUUGGAUCAAAGAGAAGUUGAACAACUUGAGGGGGCAUUACAUUCUCACCGACCCUCGCACCGUAAUCACAAAGGCAUAUACAGCCAUCCUUGUCUGACGUAUGGAAUGUUGUUUCCCGAUUAUGCACUGCUUCCUCCAACUUUAUCCCCUGUUUCAAUGCCCCAUUGUACUCCCACUUUCUGCCUUGAGGUAAAACCGAAACAGGGGUGGGUACCGGAAGCAGAUCGCCAUCUUCCACGUUGCACUUUUUGCCUUAACCAGUUCCUGAAACUCCGAAAGGGCACUAUUCAGAAACUCAGCCACUAUUGCCCACUGGAUCUGUUUUCUGGGGAUGCAGGCCGAGCACAUCAUGCUCUUGAAUCACUUCUGGCUUCCCCACAGAACAAUCUGAAGAUCUUCCGUGAUGGUGUACUGGUGUAUGGUGAUGGAGAUGAAGGUACAGACCGCCUUGAGCUGGUCUUGAGAGAAUGGGUUGGUGAUAGAGAUGGGAAGAAUUCUGUCAAAUGGUUAGUGAAAAAAAUGUGCACACUUGUUUGGGACGUAUUAACAUGCAGCCUUGAAGUAUCAAAACGACCUAUGGCUAAUCCCUUACUUGGUGAACUAGAACCACUCCAGAACAAAGGAGAACGUGUACCAUCAGCACUGAUGGCAGCUGUCACUUCACUGCUGCCACCAAAAUCUUGUGAUUGGUCUGCAGUGCCUUUACCAGAAAAUAGCAUCCUGGCUCGUGUCCUUAAUGUUCAACAACUGGAACAGAUUGGGGCAGACUGUGUCUACUGGGACUAUAUCACCAACAAGCACCAUGGAGAGUACGACUACCUGCAAGAAUUAGUAGGGGGAAAUAUUUGUGGUCGAACACCACUCCAGCGUUACCUACUAGCAACCACUGCCAAAGAUUGUUCAAUUAUGCUUGCAUUUCAGCGGUUUGAGGGAAAUUUGAAUGGUGUACCUUUGCUUCCUACAAAGCAUGUGAUAAGUGAUCUUGAUUUACAGAAGUAUAUUUUUAAUGUCGGUGUGUCUGAUUUGGACCCAAAGCCUGCAUCUUGUGUAGAGAAACACAGGAAACGGGACUGUGAAGUUCUGACAGCGUGUCUUGAAAUCUUACAGUGUGGCAGUUUUGGAGUGUCAGUGUAA